AUGUGCGUUUCCGGCCAAUUUAUUUGCAAAUGCGACUGGCCCAGAGACACGGUCCGUCACUGCACCAAAUACGUCCAGACUGGCGAACUGUGCCCUGGCCUCUCAAAUUGCCUGCUCGCCAACACAGAGCGUCGCAAGACUGAGGGUGGCGUCUACAAAUGCUCCAAUCCCACGUGCGAGAUUUGGGAUCUCGAAAUGUCUCGCGGCAUCCGCGAAAGAGGAAAGUACAUGGACCUACAGAUCUCGUUGACUCUUGGCAAAUGGAUGAAGAAGGAGGAGGAGGCUGAGAAGGCGAGUAUGGCCUUGAUGAAUGAGGCCAAUCCAGUUGAGUUUGGAAGUAAAGACCACGCUAGUAUCGUGGUCAUCUCAGACGACUCCAACGACGAUAAUGCAGGCCUUGAAGUGCUACAGCAAAUCGGACCAGUGUCUAUUGGAGAAAUUGGAUCUCAUCCAAUCCCAACCGGUCCCGAAGAAGUCCAGCACAUCGACGAGAACAUGACUGCCAGCAUCCCCAAGCCCGAGGUCAACGUCCCCGAGCUGGAGGUAGAGGAAUCAACAACCGAUGAUCUAGAGAGCUUGUUCGGCGGCCCUUCAUGUCCCCCGACCCCUGACAUGAGACUCGUUGAGAAUCAUCAUUCCAUCUGUCUCCCAGCAGGAGUUCACCUCCCAAGCCCCCCUCUCUCUCAACCUACCCCUGAGAAUCCCGUCGAAGGAAAUUCCACUUCAUUCACCGCUAAUGCAAAGAGCGAAAAAUCAACUUCCGUCAUUCCCAAAGCACAAGCGCCACCUCAGCAGCAGCAGCAGCAAUUAAGACCCGCCCCGGAGGCCUCUCAGAAGCCUGCUUCAACAUAUCCCGCCCAGAAUACCAUGGCAAUGGGUAACAAGAUGCCCACCAGCUACCGAGCGGUUCCGCAGCACAUGAGACCUACUUUGAGCGGGCCAAACCAAGCGACCCUGAGAGCGCUUCGAGCGCAGACUCCUCACGGCGGUGCCACGCCAACGGCGUCCCCCACCCCCGUCCACGCGGCAUCAGUCAGAGCGGCAUCCCAGGGCCCCCGCCCUGCCAUGAACAUGUCGAGGUUCGAAGGCCAUAGACGGCCGGAUAUCCAGCAGCGGCGUCCAAUGAUGCCAGCUGGAGGCAUGCCGAUCCAGAAUGGAUAUACGGCCUCUCCUCAGGUCUCUCAGAGACAUGUCCCUACAUAUCCCGGCCUGAAUACCAUGGCGAUGGGCGUGGGGAACAAUAUGCUCAACAGCGGGGGGCAGGGGAUGUCUCUCGCGAUGUCCGCCCAGGCUACAGGGUCGCAGGGUAUGCCAUCUCAGUACCUGGCAUAUCAAAACAUGCCCCCUGGCUUCCCCAACUUCGUUCAGAGCCCGCAGACGCCAUAUCACGGCAUGCCGGCCCAGGGCAUGUUGCCUCAGGGCAUGCCACCCAACGGUAUGCCAAAUCAGGGCUUCCCACCCCAGGCCGGCUAUCUAUCCAACUCGGUGGUCCACCAGAUACGGACGCCACGCACAUUCAGGCGCGCGUCGAAUGGCAUGCUGGCUCAGCAGGGAUACAUGAACUCGGCCUACAUGGCGAACGCGGCGGCGUCGUCACAAUAUGCGGGACUGAGCUCGCCCAUGGCCGGUACUGCCUCCGCCCUAGCUCCGGCUGGUGUUGCUCCCUUCCCUCGGGCCUCGACUGGAAACAUGUUCCUCCACUCCCAGCCGCAGCCGCAGCCCCGGAUCCCGCCACAGCUCUCCUUCUACAGCAAUAUCUGGGACCAGAGCCAGACACAGAUGGCCUCAAGCCCGCAGAUGGCUUCAGGUAUGCCUGGCAUGCCCCCAGCACAAGGUACAAUCGCCGGCUCCGGUCCAGCCACAGGUCAAAAGAGAUCGCACGACGCGAUCUCCAACAGCUACGAUCCUCGCCUAACAGGCCGGCCUCCCCCGACACCCGGCGGCAUGCCGAUUACAUCGCUGGCGAAUACGCCGUCGUCGAUGGACGGAGAGCGCCAGACGAAGCGCCGGGCGAUGUAG